CUUUAAAAAUAUCUACGAGUACACCGGUAUAUACUUACAUGUCUAUGUGCAUGUCCUUGUAUGACAGCAUUAAUUUCAUACCCACUGGGAGUAAUAGGGCCAGACAGGGUGCAUUAGAAUCUCAUCUCUUUCCUUUCCUUUUCCCCCCUCCUCUCUCCGAUCCCCGGGCACCAAAAAGGAAUCAAAACCAACCUACCAUAAUAUUCUUGUGGUUCCACAUUUACUUUCUGUCAUAUCACUCGUUAUCUAACUUACGGCGCAGACUUGAUCUAUCGUCUAGUCCACGGACUCUGAGUACUAUCCCACGGGGAGAAGGACAACACGGCUAUUGAAGAUAUUUUGCCAAGCUGCGCAAACUAGCGGUCAUGGCUUUCCAACCCACCCCUGCGGAUAUUUCUGUUGUCAUCACUACGCCUGGCACAGGCUCUAGCGCUGAGCCACGCUUCUUGACGGAGCGCCGAGUCACUCCAACAUGGACUGUCAUGCAGCUGAAGACGAAGCUCGAGACCAUGACUGGCGUUCCGCCCGGCUGCCAGCGUCUUCGCCUUAGGUCACCUGGGCGCCCAGAUCAGUGGGUCGAAGAUGACAAUAGUAUCAUCGGUGAUUGGGGGUUGAUGAGAGGCUGCGAAAUAGAGGUCCAUGAUUACCGCCCUCAGGCUUCGCGGCCUAAUCUCACAGACCUGACGUCCGUCGAGAAGUAUAUAUUGCCGACAUCCACAUACGAAGCGCUCUCGAAUUCUGUUUUGGCGUGGAAAAAGAACCAGAAGCUUGGCCGCUUUGACCCCAAUGCUGCAAGACCCGAAGAAGCGAUGCGCAGCCAAGCUUUGAAAGACAUUGGAGAGGUUGGACAAAGAGGCAUUGUUGUUAACAAUCGAGCCAUUGUCCUUCCCUCCUCUCCGCCACAUGUUCGACGCGGCACAAUUCGCUAUGUUGGGCCAGUUCCGACAAUCCCCUUCCCUGGCGUGGACCUUGAAUUAGUAGACUCCGCAGAUUUUCCAGUCUGGGUAGGAAUUGAGCUCGACGAGCCACUGGGCAAGAACGACGGGAGUGUUGGCGGAAAGAGAUACUUUGUUUGCCCGAAUAAGACGGGUGUCUUUGUCAAACCCGAGAAAGUGGAAGUAGGAGACUUCCCGCCCUUGGGUUUGGAUGAUCUGGAUGCCGAAAUGGAGGAGAUCUAACAAACAGUAAUUUGGCAUGGCCACUACAUGAAACUACAACCUUGCGCUAACCGAUGCAUAAGACUCCAAUGAAGCUUGUAAUCGCAGCUCAAUUCUUCUGGACUCACACGCCCCAGCGCCAAAGAAAUGGGAGAUAUGUGGUGACGAACUAUAUCCUUAUCAUCCCAGCGAUUAAGUGACAUACUUGCUAAUUCAGAAGCCAACACUCCGGUGGAAAGGCGAGCAAAGCAUAGUGCGGAUAGGCGAGGAGUUGAACGGGGCAGUCCUCAACAGGUGAAGUAGAAUGGUCAUAGCACGCAGGUGACUCAUUUCGCCUUGCGCCCGGGCCCGGUUUUCUGCUUGCCCCUGGGCCUACCUUUCCCGGUAGUUGUGGAGCGCCCUGUCGGUGUGCUCGAGUCAGCUUCCAUGAUACCGGCCUUUGUCGCAGAGCCAGGGGCAGAGUCGUCAUUUUCAGGUAGACAGCCUUGCGUGAAAAAUAACCGUG